AGUAAUUGCACUUGCACAACUGCACAAAAAAAGAAAAGUAGACUAUUGGCCCUGGCUAAGAUAUGCUCCUGUGUUAGUCUAAAAAACUCCAUCUACUGAACUCUAUGUUUACACAUCUCCCAGCUGGUGGCACUGGCCAAUCAGUGUCACUAGGCAGUGGAGGAUCAUGUUUUUCAGAGAGGAGUGACUUUCAAGGGACUCUUGGGAAAAAAAAAGGGGGGGGGGGGGCUUCACAUUUGGAUGCUUUCAAAAUAUAGCUUGCUCUUACUGGUUUCUCCAAUCCUGCCAACACACACUUUUGACACAUCAAAGGACAUCCAUCAGUAGUGAUGUGUAGACUUGCUAGAGGGUUUAUUAGGUAUGGUAUGAAAAUGUAAAUGUUAAUCAACACUAAACACGUUUUAUGAAUCAAACAGAAAAUUUCCCAAUAUUAUUUGUAAUUGUUUGGAUAACUGAACUGUGGGAACUCAUAAAGAUAGGAAUGGAAAUCACUGUCAACGGCUCUGAUGUUGUUACUGAUAUACAUCCCUGCUAUAAAACAGAUGCCCCUGAUGUACUGAUAAGCAACCCUUCUGCUAUAUGUGUACUGUUUCAUAUUUUCCUUGGCUCACUGUCAGUGGUCACUGUAUGUGGAAACCUUCUUGUCAUAAUCUCCAUCAUUUAUUUCAAACAGCUGCACACUCCUACAAACUCUCUCAUUCUCUCUCUGGCUGUGGCCGACCUGCUUGUUGGUGUUGUAGUUUUUCCUCUCACGAUGGAAUUCUCCAUAAGCUCAUGUCUGUACCAUGAUGAUUUAUUUUGCAAAGUACGGGGUGUCUUUGAUGUAUCACUGUGCACAUCUUCUAUUCUGAACUUAUGCUGUAUUUCCAUUGAUAGAUAUUAUGCAGUGUGUCAACCUCUGAUAUAUACAACUAAAAUAAAUCAUCAUGUUGCUGUGAUCAUGAUCUUGAUGAGCUGGGGGGUGUCUGUCCUAAUUGGUACUGGUUUCAUAAUUGUAGGAAUAAACCAAGAAAAAUGUGCAGAAACAUGUUUUACAGAUGUUGUCAUGGCAAACAUUUUAGGACUUAUUUUCUCAUUUUAUCUCCCAGUGAUCGUAAUGCUCUGUAUCUACCUGAAGAUUUUCCUUGUUGCACAGAGACAGGCUCGCAGCAUCCAGAGCAUAAAGUCUGGAGCAGCUGUCAGUAAGAUGGAGAGAAAGGCCACAAAAACUCUGGCUAUUGUGAUGGGAAUUUUUUUGAUGUGUUGGUUCCCGUUUUUUCUCUGUACCACCAUCAUGUCUUUCAGUCCUGUUUAUGUGGCACUUGCUUUUACUGAAUUACUUAAUUGGCUUGCACUGUCAAAUUCAAUGCUUAAUCCAUUUAUCUAUGCUUUCUUUUACAGUUGGUUCAGGUCAGCUUUUAGAAUGAUCAUUUCUGGAAAAAUAUUUCAAGGUGAUUUUACUAACUCAAAACUGCUCUGAUUUAUUGUCUGGUAUGCUGAAAUAUACCAUAGGUUAGUCCAUAAUGAUAACGAAUCGCACAGACACAGACAAGCACAUACACAAUAUUAUACCUCAGAGAAAAUAUGAAAACUACAUGUUUAAAAAUGAUCUGAAAGCCAACACUCUUAUAGAAUUUUUUAAUCAACUUUUCAACAAUAAUAAAAAAGGAAAUUGAAAAAAAAAAACAAAACAGAAUUCUAUGGAUUAAUUGCACAAGGCUGGAAUCGGUUGUGUAGUGGUGUUCCUGUGGAUGUUCAGAUGUUCAGAGGUUGCCAGAGAAGGACAGGGCUUUCCAAUGCCUGGGUCUCACAGUCAG